AUGACGUACCAGAGUCCAGUCAAAAGCAAGAAGCAGAAGAAAAAGAACCAAACCCAAAUGAAGUUGUCCAUCAAUCGGGUCAUACUAAAACUGAGCUCCACACACUACUACUUCACCAUGAAAGCCAUAAUUCAGCGGGUCACAAGUGCCUCUGUGACAGUGGGAGAGGAGCAAGUCAGUUCAAUAGGACGUGGUUUGUGUAUACUGCUGGGUAUAUCCGUGGAUGACACAAAGAAGGAUGCUGAUUACCUCGUUCGAAAGAUCCUCAACCUGCGCCUUUUCGAAGACGAGAACGGGAAAAUGUGGACUAAGAGUGUGAUGGAGAAAGAGUUGGAGGUUUUGUGUGUGAGCCAGUUCACGCUGCAGUGCAUUUUAAAGGGCAACAAGCCGGACUUCCACGCCGCCAUGCCUGCAGAGCUCGCCCAGCCCUUCUACAACAGCAUCCUGGAGAACAUGAGAAGCUCCUACAAACCCGAGCUCAUUAAAGACGGACAGUUUGGAGCACGGAUGCAGGUUCAUAUUCAGAAUGACGGACCUGUUACCAUCGAUCUGUCGUCGCCCUCUGGACCCUCAGACCCCAAACAGUUGUCAAAGCAGGAGAAGCAGCAGCAGAGGAAAGAGAAGACACGCUCCAAAGCGGAGCCGAGGGAGACGUGUCCUCUGAGAGGGAGCCAUAGAGCACCGGGACUGAUGCAGGGAAACAGGUUAUUCAGGAAGGCCCUAUACCUCCAGGAUGUUGUCACCUGA